CAUUGGAGAAAGAGUCCCAGAAUUCAUGGAAUGCGGGUUUCGGUCUCAGUGUGAGCGAUCGGAGAUCGGCGUUUUCGCGCCAAGCUUCAUUUGACCAAGCGCGGGAGCCUCACAUGCCGGGUUCGAUCAAUCUGAAUGACCCGGCAAAGCCUCUGCUGUCUUGGAGCGUUUCGAGCAUAGACAUUAUGACUGGGCUCUUAUACUCUUUAGAUGAAAGCAAUAAGUAUUCUGGUGAAGGAAACGGAUCGGCCCAGAAAUUCUCGUUGUUGUUGUUUGUAUUUUCGAUUUUGCAGAUCAUGAGGUCCGGAAAUAGGUACAUGAAGAGAUUGUUCGUGAUGAUUUCACUUAACGUGGCAUAUGUAUUCAACCGCAGAGUUAGUUAUCGGGCUGUUUAGGGGCCGUGUAGGUGAGAACGCCUUUUUGCCUUCGUAUUGCGAUUUCUAUAUGAUUAUUCUGCGUUCCCUGGCAGAUUAUUUACACACUCGAUACGUGUAUAUCAUGUUCCUAUAAGCUAUGAUUUUCCUUUUGUCUGAAACCCCAGUUAGAAGACAUAGGAGAAGUAAAAUAAAAACACAAUUUGGGUUCUUCUUCGGAGUAUGAGGCUUCCCCGUCAAGCACCUGUUAGCGCAGCUCUUUUUUUUUUUUUUUGGGAACGGUACGAGCAGACCACUUAAGCAGAUACCUAGACUUCCAUUUUGAACUACCAAGCAAGGUAGUUGUAUAGGCGGAAUUGAGUAUCCGUCAUCGUAAUCAGAACAAACUGAAGGAAGGAGACAUGCAGCACCAGAUUAGCUUUCAAAGAGAAAGCAAGAACCACUGAAAGACCACUCCAAAAGGGACGAAGUGACUCUCUAAUUGGAGAAGAUUUGAUAAAGCGACCAAUGGCUAGCCGGAUAAGAUCUUUAUUUGAUUAGGACCGGCAGGGUGGAUGGAAAGCCUUACUACUUGAGGGGUGAAACCGUGAAGGAAAUAGAAAGAAAGUAGAUGGCUUGCUAGCUUUCCCACUAAGAUAAUCCGCUAUCCCCGCUUUUUUAUUUUUUUUUGUUAUACAAAGCAUGUAUAUAUUUUACAACAACUUUUUUUUUUUUAUUCCACUUUCCACUUUCUUCCUCUCCAAGCUUACUCUGUUAAAUUAACUUCGGAGGCUAUGGAUUCUCUCAUUCAGAAACUUUCUUCUGCUUUGCCCAUAUAUCUCUCAGGUUUUUUGUGGAAUUCAAAAUGGCUCAGGCAGCUGUGGAGGUUCCUCCUAAGGGUGGAUUCAGUUUCGAUUUGUGUAGACGCAAUGAAAUGCUUUCUAACAAAGGUGUACCACCUCCAUCUCUUCGAAAAACUGGGACAACUAUUGUUGGGUUAAUUUUUCAGGAUGGUGUUAUUCUAGGGGCAGGCACAAGAGCCACCGAAGGACCUAUAGUUUGUGACAAAAAUUGUGAGAAAAUUCAUUAUAUGGCGCCCAAUAUUUAUUGCUGUGGAGCAGGAACUGCUGCUGAUACAGAGGCUGUAACAGACAUGGUCAGUUCACAACUGCAGCUGCAUCGAUAUCACACUGGUCGAGAAUCAAGGGUUGUCACUGCUCUUAGUCUUUUGAAAUCUCACCAUUUCAACUACCAAGGUUACGUUCAAGCUGCUUUGGUGCUUGGUGGAGUUGAUGCUAAUGGUCCACAUUUGCACACUAUCUACCCUCAUGGAUCCACAGACACUUUGCCAUUUGCUACAAUGGGUUCUGGUUCCCUUGCUGCAAUGGCUGUUUUCGAGUCGAAGUAUCAUGAAGGCUUAAGAAAGGAAGAAGGAAUAAAUUUGGUGUGUGAGGCUAUUUGCUCUGGCAUUUUCAACGACGAAGGAAGUGGAAGCAAUGUAGAUGUUUGCGUAAUAACUAAGGGUCACAAAGAGUACCUGAGAAACCACCAGUCGCCAAAUCCUCGCACAUAUGUCACUUCCAAAGGAUUUUCAUUUCCCAAGAAGACUGGUACCAUUGGCUUUUCAUGGUUGCAGAAGUUCUAUUGACAAGGGUUACGUCAUUGCAAGAAAAGGUGGAAGUGGUCGAAGGAGGAGAUGCAAUGGAAGAAUGAGAUCUGUGGUUGAACUCCAUGUUGCAAUUUGAAUGAAUUUCUUUCCCACUUCUUGCUUCUAAAUCACUUCAUGUAGUUCUAAUCUGGGUCUAUAGUUAAUUUCAAACUCUUUUUCUAUUAUUUUUUGCUGAUUUAUUAAGCUCGACAUCA